AUGUCCGAGAAAACCCUCCAAACCUCGGACGAGGAGCACCAGCCCGAGGAGAGCGCUCCUCCGUCCCCAACCACCAAGCCCGUCUUCUACCGCUCCACAACCUACAACGCGCUCGUCCUCGGGCUCUGCAACUUUCUUGCCCCGGGCCUCUGGACAGCGAUGAACUCACUCGGCGGCGGGGGCUCCGAAUCACCCUACCUAGUCGACGCAGCCAACGCGCUGACCUUCUGCCUAAUGGUGCUCUCCUGCCUCUUCGGUAGCGCAAUCGUGCGGCUCAUCGGCAUUAAGCCGACUCUCAUCCUGGGCACAAUCGGCUACGCGCCCUACGCAGCAGGGCUCGACACGAACAACCGGUUCCACAGCAGCUGGCUCCUCCUCCUGGGCGCGGCACUCUGCGGCCUCAGCGCCGGGAUCUUCUGGCUAGCAGAGAGCAGCAUCGCACUGGCGUACCCUGAGCCCUCGCGACAGGGGUUCUUUCUAGGCCUGUGGCUAUCGUUCCGAGUCGGGGGCCAGAUCCUAGGCGGCGCGAUUAACCUAGGCCUGAACGUCGACCGCGCUACCGCCGGCAGCGUCAGCUACGCCGUGUUCCUGAUCUUCGUGGCGCUGCAGGCGUGCGGUGCGCUCGCGGGCAUGUUGCUCACGCCGCCUGAGAAAGUCCAGCGCUCCGACGGGAAGACCGUGCAUUUGCGGAUUUCGCAGCAUGGGGUGUGGUUUGAGCUGCGGCGCACGGUCGCGCUGCUGUGUACGAGGAAUAUCCUGCUGAUUCUCCCGCUGAUCGCCCAGGCUAUCUAUACUGAGGCGGUCAUGUUUACGUAUCUUGAUCUGUGGUUCAGUGUGCGUGCUCGCGCGUUGGGUAGUGUCUUGUCGGGGUGUUUGGCGCUUAUUGCGGGGAAUGUGCUUGGGUAUGUGCUUGAUGGCGCGCGAGGAUCGCUCAGGAGUAAGGCCCGGUGGGUGUUUGGUGUGAUUAUGGCCCUACAGGGCGGCGUUUGGCUGUGGGCUACUGUUAUCACGUCGUUCUAUAGGGCGAAGGACCAGACAGCGCUGGAUUGGGCGGAUGAGGGCUUCGUCCGCGGCUGGGUCUUGUAUUUGUUUUGGGUGGCCUUGUUUCAGGUGAACUAUAUGUUCUUAUAUUUCGUGGUGGGCAAUCUGGCCCGCAAUAAGGGGGAGGUCGUCCGCCUGUCAGCCCUGCUGCGGGGGACGGAGUCGGCCGUGCAGGCUGUUUCGUACGGGCUGAGUAGUGUCGGUAUCAUGGCCUCUGUCGGUGGCACGUAUCUCAACUUCGGUCUCUGGGCGGUUUCGCUCGUCCCGGCUUGGUUGGUUGUUCGUCAGAUUGGGACAACGCUGGGAGAUCGCAAAAGGGAGAGAGAGGAUGAUCCGUUGGUGGAGGGAGGUCUUGGGCAUCUGCAGAUGUUAUAG